AUCAGGGCAGCAGGGAAAGAUGAGCACAGACAUUGAGAGCAGUUUUGACGACGCUACACAAGUUUAAACCUUACUGGAAUAACUUUUAAUAGUAACUAGGCCAAGAGAGUAUUGUUCUCUAACUCCCCAUAGAUAUAGUUUUAAUUGUCAGCAUGUUUCCGUCUUCUAACAGGAUAAAACUCAACCGAGUCGCGUUAAAAGAUGUGGUCGGGCUAAAGCUGGUGCCGCGGCGGAGACGAGUCCCGAAGUCUCCGGACAACGUUACAGCUGAACCCGAAAAACAAGAAGUAACGUCGGUGAAGGAAACCGGCUCCGUCCCCAGCAGCAACGAACCGGUCCAAAGUGUUUACACAGACCAAAGGAGCCCAGAAAAUGUGACAGAUACGGUCAGUAACAUCACUGAAGCAAAGCCGGAGGACAGCCGCGUAGACAUUUAUAGGAAUACACUCCCAAGCCCCACUGGGCGUGCUUGUUCAGAAGGGUCUUUGAGAAGAGCUGUGACACAUUCUCGCUGUGGUCUGUGUGGGGACUGUAAAUACAUUUCCCCUCAGAAGAAUACCCUGGGUAAGCAAGAGCAAAAAAGCAGUAGCCCAGGGCCAGAGCAGUCUACAGAUGAGUUAAAGAUUAAGAAAGGGAACCCAGACACUGAGAACUCUAAGAAGAUUGUCAUAUGGAUAAACCAGUACCCGAAGGUGACACUUUGUGAUAUAGCCAAAAAAUGUGAUGUGUGCAGUCAAGAUCGUAGCUAUGUGUUACCGGAUUUUCUCAAGACCAAGGUCGUGCAUUGCUUCAAACAGGACAUGAGAGCUGGGUUUCGAUUUGGCCCCGGUUGUUUGGGGCAUAACAAACACAAAAGUGAGGAGAGCGCUCUGGCUAAAAAUAGCAAGUCGUGUCCCAGGGUUCAGUCUGAGAAGAGCGUCUGUCAGUCUCAGAGUCUGACUGAACAUCAGAGACACCUGAAAGAACACAAGGAUGCAGAGAUUUUAUCGAGUCGUACCACGUAUCAUUUCCUCAAGGGUUGGACAAGUGAAGCCUCUGCAACUUGUUCUACUUCUUUCUUAUUAGGUAAACCUGGGCCAGGAUGUGACCUCAUAGCAGACAUUCACAGUGACAAAAGAGUAAAGCUUGGGGAUAAUGGUAAAGAUGGAUGUUUGCCCUCCACCCCGGACUUUGAAAGUAUUAGUUGCAAUGACGCAGCAAAAACUUACUUGAUAGACAAAAACAAAUCAUGUUCUGGGAUGUCUGAUGGCAGUCAGUCAUGUCAAGAACUUACAUUUGGGAGCUGCAGCACUUGUAGGUCCGCUGUGAAAGAAACCUGUGUCCACAAGGAACCUUGUGGUCAGGAAGGCGAAGCCGGAAAAACUGAUGCAGCACAGAUGUCGUCAGAACUGUUCUGUGAGGGGAACGAGGUGGACGCAGAUGAACUAGAGUCAUUCACCUGCCAGAGAGUGAGGGUCUAUUGCAGGAAAAUAAAUUCUAGUUGUGCACGGACUUGCAUGUCUUGGCCCUUCUCUAACAGAAGCCGCACCCUUACAGCACAUGCUGGUGCUACAGCCUGUCCAGCAGAGCCUAUUCAUCCAUCAGCUAGAAACAGUGACUCUCCAAUCAAUCAAAAUCAGUCAGGUUCACCGAGCAGCCGAACCAAGGACACGCUCCCAAGCGCAACAACAACCCGCCAAGUUUCCCACCAAAAUGGAGAGAAGCAAGAACAGAAUGGAAAGUGCAUUACAGCCAAGAGAAAUGGGAAAAGAGGUGAUUACAUUUCUUCACACUCCUCAGACAUCGAAAACACAGAGUUUGCAACUCACUUUAUGGAGGCUGAAGAAUCACUAGCCAGUCUUCUGUCAAAUACAGCUACCCUUUCCACCCCAAGUCAGCGUGGAUCAUCUACACCAGUUAACAGUACAGAAACCAACAGCUCCAUGUCUACCCCUUCCCCCUCAGAACUGGGCCUGAGUGACUGGGAAACGGCCGCAACUUUGUCUCCCACAUCAUCUUACUUAACUCAGGGUGGUUUGAGCAGCCUCUCAAACACACCAUCCUCUCACCCACCCUUAUUGUUUCUGCUGGAGAAAGCCAAAGGUGUUGAGUCGCAUUCUGCAAGCACGUCACAGACGUCCUCCUCACCCAACCGUUUUAUCAAAGCUGUAGAACAACCCUUGUUCUACUGCGAAGAAACCCAAAUUACUUUGUGUGGUUCCUCACCCAGAUCUUCAUCUGUUCCUACAAACUACUCUGAAUCCUUUCAUUCAUGUGAAUCCUCCCUCCUCCUACCUCAAGAUGAGCAAGGGAGUGACAGGGAAAUGUUCAUAGAGAAGAGCCCACCAACACUGGAGCCAUAUUAUAAUACAAGCCCCACCUCAUACAUUAACAUGGAACCGUUUAUAGAAAAUAACUCAAAUGAGUUCAUGCUUCCACCUCUGCUCUCUCCUGUCACUUCACCUGAACGGAACUCAUGUACAAGCUUUUUCCCCCAGAGCCAAUACUCUUCAGAUGAGGAGGAGGAGGAGGAGGAGAAAAACAAACAUACCAGCAAACACAAAAUGUCACCUGGACAUUACAUGCCACAAAUUAGUAAUGGCAAUCAUCAAAGCUGGGAGGAGUCUCCUGACCACCACCAAUAUGAAGGACCUGGUAAUGAAGAAUUGGAGGGAGUUUCAUCAAAACUUAAACGUCCAUCUUCUCACGGCAGUGUUGGAGACCUCAGUGACGCUAUGGAAGAGGAAAGCCGGGAUGAAACUGAUAACAAACAUGAUCUUGAACAGGGUAACGGAGGCUCUCGACAAGUUCCCUUUGAUCCUAAAAUAAAGACAAACAUUACCUCAGGUGUUCUGACAGAACCCCGCUCUUCUCCCAGCAGUGAUGAGGGACAGCAGUCUACUAGAGAUGAAGGUGACGAGCCAUCUGAAAUAGUGGACAGUGAAAGGGAUGAAAGUAAAGCAGAAGCAGCUGGUGGUACUCAGACCGACAUUUUGGACGAGUUCACAGCCUAUGAACAGGAUAUCCUGCUUGUGGAUGUGGUCCAGGAUGACCCAGAGCUGUUUGAAAAGGUACCUAAGAAAAGUCUGCUGAAACUGGGUCCUACAAGAGUCAGACCUACUGCAGUGGUUAAAACACUGUUGCCGAGAAAAGAUGGAGCGUUACCGGCGUUUAAACAAAGAUUGACACCAGUUAUUGUUGAUUUUCACUGUGACAGUCCUGAUAUCACAGAGGAGAGUGACAGCAGACCCUGGAGACCUCAGUGUAGCAGCAUCCCGCCCAAAAUGCAAAACAGCACAUGGACUGCCACAGACAAGCAAAUCAGAACCAUGGGUCAGUGCGACACCAACAACAAUCAUGUAAACGGAGUCCUGGAAAGGAGCCAGCCCAUCCAGACAGUGAACUCCUCACAAAACAUCCCUUCACUCAUGAACAUAAGAAAUGUGCCGAGGAUCACAAACCCGGUGACAGAUUUUAGGCGCCAGAAAUCUAAUUCUUACUGCAGACAGUACUUCAGUGAAUCACUGUCCUGUGGAUUCAAGAUGUGUCGAUUCCAGCAUGUGCCUGUGGAGGGGGAUGAGAAGUUCUGUGUUGAAACUGUGACACGGUUCAUAAAAAAUCCAAUGUGUAUCCAGAAAGCAAGCGCCGUGUUUACAGGGUACUACCAGAACAACCCACCAGGAGUGUAUUUCUCCAUGCCAGUGCUUCUGACACUCCUCUGGGCUCUGCUCAAAGCCGGCUUCGUGUCCGAUGUCUUCUCAGUCCUCGGUGUCAGCUUGUCCCACAAGAUAGUGCCCAGCUACGAGUUCCUGCUGGCCCUCUUUAACUUUGUGAGAGAGAAGGGUCUCACAGGCUCUGUACCUGAACUCAUGCAGCUAACGUUCAAGAUGGUCAGUGCGGGUCUGGUGCUGAGUUUGGAUUGCCUUGACUGUGUAAAAAACACUCCUGAUUUCCAGCAGACGGUCCAUUCAAACUCACCUGGCAAACACAAGCUAUCCACCAGUCCUCCCUUUCCAGAGUACCUGAAUUUGGCCCAAUCCAUCGUGGAAAUAGAGCUUUGUACCAAGCAAGAGGACUGGAGGCGGAUGGGAAAGGUUUUCAGGUCCAUCUGCCAAUCCAGCCAGCAUCCCAACCAAGUGGAACAAAUCAGCGGCCGCAUUGUCAUCGCGCUCCUGUCUGAGAGCAAGGAUAAACUCUCACUGCCCUUUGCUGCUUUUGCCGAGACAGUGUGUCAGAAUGAAGGUGAGGACAACCUGAUCUGGAGUUUUUUAGGCAGAAUUGGAGUCUCACUCAUGUUGAGAUACUACAAAACACAUCAAUGGGCCAAGGGUCGGAGGGUUGUAGAGGUGCUGUCCAUUUCAAAGGUCAACUACUCCACACUCAAGGGUCUGUUUGGGAAUGAGGAUGGAGCUUCACGUUGCUGCCUGAUCACUGUAGCUACCGAGCUCUUCCUCCUGAGUGGCAGCGUGGAGGGAGCCCUGAACACACUCCGAGAAAACAAAUGGUUCCUGAGUUCGUGCUCAUGGCCGUGUGAGCCUGCAGAUCUGGACAGUCGGAGUCGUGUGUUGAUGCGUCUGGCUGAGAAAACCUCUCACAGAGACACGCUGGAGGUCCUCUGUAAUCUCCCUGGAAUUAAAGAGCCGAAUGACUUGGUUGACAUCUCCAGAUACAGUCCUCUGUUUAACUCCCAUCUACGAGUGUGUGUGGACAGACAGAUCCUUCCUGUAGCCUCGGAUACAGUGGACUUCAUGCUCUCUCAAAACGUGGCAGUUGACCACGCUGUGCUGCAGACACUUUUGCACAAACUGGGCAAGCAAAACCUCUGGCUCCGUGCACGGGAAGUCUUUAGACACUCUCUGAGUGUGGGGUACUACCCAGGUGUGUCUGCUCCCCCUGGUUUCAUGGCACUGAUCGUCCCUUGGCGACUGGGAGAGGUGGAGCUGGCUCUCGCCUUUGAGAUGUUCAUCACUGUCAACGCAACAAUCAUUCUGCAACUUUCAGAAACCACCACUUCCUGCCUUAGCAUCACUCUCAAAAGGACUGAAAGCGCUGAGAGCGAGUACCUCACAGCUGGUAGCCGCCUCCUCUCUGCAGCUUGCAUCCCUCAGCCCAAAUUAAUUGUUCACUACACAGCAGUUAACUCCUCACAGGACCAAGUGUUCACACUUGACAUUUCCUCUGCUCGACGCUGGCUCCGCCACAAUCAUUUGUGGGCCAAUGAGGUAUGGAUGCAUUGACCCAUACAGUUAUUCCCCUGCGGUCCCUGGAAGUACUUAACUUUACUUUCCCUUGAGCCUGCUUAUUUUCCACAGAGAACAGUUGACUCUGGGAAAACAACCAAUGAAAUCAGGAAAAUGAACACACAUGCAUUUCUGUUGGCUGUAUGUUUAUACACUAACGGUCAUAUUUCAAUUUAGCGUUUGACUAAGAAGCAGAAAUCAGAAGAUCACCUCCAAAGACUGACGCCAGAACUUUACAUGUUUUUUGUUGUUAAUUCCACGUUGUUUCCUGAGUUGUUUUAGCUGAUUUGUCACUCAGUGUUUGUGUGAUUUAAUAUUUGGGAAAAAAUGUCUGUCAGGGAACAGAGUCCAGCAUAAUUUAGCAGGAUUGAUGUUAUAAGUAUAAGACUUUGUUUGCUUAAUUGUAAAUAACAUCUGAGUGUAAAUAGGUAUAUAUUUAUAAUGGUGUUUAGCCUUUGACAGCAUUAUGUUACUGUAUAAUAGUAGUGAUUGUCAAAACCUCAAUUGUUGCCAGUUCAAGAGCUGUGAUUUGAUUUUCUUUGUAUGUAGUUUUUAUUAAAAAAAAAAAGUUGUUCUGCUCCAAAA